AUGCCGAAGAUUUCCAUUACUUUUCUUGCUCUGGUUCUCCUUUCAGUGGCUUUUCUGGCUGAAGGGAAAUCUGAGAGAAACUCUUACUCCUACCAAAACCAUGUUGUAUAUGGGCGUAACAUACUUUCACCAGGUGGCAAUGGUAUUCAAGGUCGCGCAAUUGCCGGCCACCAACAAGGAAGGAAGCUACCUGAGCAGCUUGUAAGCAAGCCGUUGGGCCCUAUUCUUACUGGAUCUCUGAGAGUGGCCAGGCCUGCUAUCCCUGCACAGCAAAGCUACUGGGCUCGACUGACCAAGAACAAGGACUUCCCGGCUGGUAUUCCACCAAAAUGA